AUGGAAGCUAAAGCAACUGAAUCUGGUACAUUGGAGCAGAGAGAGAAGAUGAUGGCAUUCUUCAAGGUGAUGGAUUUGGCUGAUGGACAUAUGCGUACUUCCGCCUUGACUGCUGCAACAAAGUUGGACGUGGCCAGUGCCUUCCAACCUGGCCAGAGAUGUACAAUUGAGGAGUUGGCCAAGAAGACCAACUGCAACCAACAGUAUCUGUACCGUUUACUUCGUGCGUUGACCUCGAUCGGAUUCUUCAAGGAGGUGGAGACUGGAGUGUUUGAGCAUACUCCAAUGUCCGAGGCACUGAUGUCCAGCCAUAUGCGUGAUAUUGUCAUGAUGUCUGGCUUGCGCUCAAUGGUGGAGCCAUUCUAUGACCUGUCCGAGACCGUCAAGAAUGGAAAGAUCAACGAGGCUAAGGUGUUUGAGGGCCAUCCAACCUACUGGGACAGCCUCAGGACCAGACCAGAGGAGGAAGCCAUCUUCAGCAGGGCCAUGACGAGCUUCACUGUGACUUGUGCUCCUCAACUCGUCCAGAUGGCCGACUACAAUCAGUUUGAGACUGUUUGUGAUCUUGGUGGCUCCCAGGGUAUCCUUCUCUCAGAGAUCCUCAAGCAGUCGCCCAAGGUCAAGGUUGGUUUGAACUUUGAUCUACCAUCAGUUAUCAAUCAGAACAAGAACAACCAAGCCCUGAUCAAGACCCGUGAUCCACGAUUCCAGGAGGUGGAGGGAUCAUUCUUCACCAAGGUACCUGAGGCCGAUUGCUACACUCUCAAGAACAUUCUUCAUGAUUGGGACAACAAAGCUGUCAUUGAGAUCCUCAAGACCGUCUCCAAGAGCAUGAAGCCAACUUCCAAGGUCUACGUCUAUGACUUCCUCAUGGCUGAGAAGUCCACUCCAGAGAAUUCCUUUAUCUCAUGGCUUGACAUCAAGAUGAUGGCACUCCUUAAUGGUUUGGAGAGGAGCUUGGAUGAUUGGAAGACUGUAUCCAAUGGAUGUGGACUAAAGGUGGAGAAGGUGAUCCCAUCGCCAAUGCCCCAUGCUCCAACUCUGGUCAUCUUUGGCAAGUGA